UCUCAAUAUAACAGGUCCCUAAGUAGGUUGUUUGCAGUUUUACUCUUUUAAUACCAUGUUCACUUUUCACCUUUUAUUGAAACCAGUUAUUCAACUAUGCAAACUGUGUCAGUUUUAUAUAUCUAUUGUUCCCUUAUAUGGUCUUUCUCACUCACAUGUAGCUGAGUUUGGGUGUUGGCUUGUCAGUAGUUGUUGUAAGAGUUCAUGUUGUAUAGUACAGAACACUGUGUUUUGAAGUUGGAAAUAUAUAUUUUUUGAGACAUUUUACUUAAAUCUUACGUUUUAUUAUUUGCCACCCACGGCCUUCCAUCGCCCAUUUACAUUGGUACCAGGAGUGGGGUAGGCAAUUGGACUAGUUGAAGCAGCAAGAACAGUGGUUUGAGCAAAAUAUAAGGAGUAUCAUCAGAAACUUUUGACAAACAAAGUAUGGCAGAUUCUAACUGGAGAUACGUGACAUCUGCAAUCGACAAACUAACAUCGAUUAUGGAUAACUAUUUUGAUGAACUGAACACUUUGAAAGGACGGUUCAAAAAUCUUCAAACAUUUAUGCCUCAUUCCACAAAAGUUAUGACUUGUUGGCAUUGCAAACGAACAGGACAUCGGAAAGCCUUUUGUAACUUAUACAAGGCAACACAUCACUUCUGCUCAAGAUGUAAUUUGACUGGACACCGUGAUAAAGACCACCCAACUACACCAGCUCCUACACCAGCUAAGCCAAAGGUGAAUUCUGUUUUUGUCCAAGCAAAUAUAAAACCUGUGAAGUGCCAUAAUAAGUAUGCUCAAGCUGCAACCGUUGACAUGGAUAUAUACACCAGAGUGAUGGCAGACUACAAAAGAAUCGAAAGUGAACUUUUCGGCCAGAAACAUGGAAAUGACAUUUACAGAGCAAAAAUCCAAGAUCUACAGAGUGAAACAGCAGACCUCAAAUCGCGGAUCAAAUCCCAGAAGAAACAGAUAGUCUCAUUAGAGAAGGAAUUACACACAUCGCAGGCUGAAAUCAAUGCACUUUCAUCUCAGAAAAGUGAAUACUCCAAGCUGAUACAAAAACGAAAUGCUGAAUUAAAGGAGACUAUCUCAAAGUCUGUGCCAAGUACAAUGAUUAUACCAGAUUAUGAACACACAAGUCAUUCUAUUGAUUUUUGGAAACUGGGAUUCAAUAUUAUUGGAAUGGGUUCAAAUCCCAACAGUGCUAUUUCGAAUUCUAAACUGGAUCAGAUGGAUUUUAAUGUUAAAAUGGACAGGUGUUGAUUACCUGUUACCUCCAAUUGAUGACAAAUAUUUACAUACUGCAUCUACAUUUAUACUCAUUUGUGGUGAUUAGCCUUAAUGGUGUUUAUCAAAUAUUAGCCUUAAUGGUGUUUAUCAAAUAUUAGCCUUAAUGGUGUUUAUCAAACAUUAGCCUUAAUGGUGUUUAUCAAACAUUAGCCUUAAUGGUGUUUAUCAAAUAUUAGCCUUAAUGGUGUUUAUCAAACAUUAGCCUUAAAGGUGUUUAUCAAAUAUUAGCCCUAAAUGGUGUGUUAUAAUAGCCUAUAAUGGUGUUGCAUUUACCUUAAUGGUGUUCUUAGCCUUAAUGGUGCCAACGACUUGCCCAAGUGGUGUUAUAUUAACUAAUGGUGCUAGUACUGUAGUGUAUUUCACUGUGCCUAAAUGAUUAAUUGUAUGAUGUACUAAAGUGAAAUGAUGAACAGUCAAUGUGAGGUAAAUAUAAAUGUAUUCUUAAUCAACAACUGUAUAAUCAGGUAAUCUACAUCAAGUCUGAUGUUACUUAACUAUUAUUAUCUUGUAUUGUUAUUCAAUUUAUUUUUGUUUCUUAGACACUCCACUAUAUUCUUCAUGGUUUUCUUUAUACUAUGUUUUGUUCUGGUAGUGGAUGUUAAAGGGGAGGUUACACCAUUGCUUAAUAUUUAUUGUUAACCAUUUUGAUAAGUGAAGUUUUACAUUUUCUUUAUUCAUGGCCGAGUUAGGCUUAAUGCGGGACGCAUUAGGACGUGUCCGCGUGAAUGUAACAUGGUCAUUUUCACAUUUUAUAUUAUUACUGUUCAUAUUAAUCAAUCCCUAUUCAUCUCAAUAUAACAGGUCCCUAAGUAGGUUGUUUGCAGUUUUACUCUUUUAAUACCAUCACCUUUUAUUGAAACCAGUUAUUCAACUAUGCAAACUGUGUCAGUUUUAUAUAUCUAUUGUUCCCUUAUAUGGUCUUUCUCACUCACAUGUAGCUGAGUUUGGGUGUUGGCUUGUCAGUAGUUGUUGUAAGAGUUAAUGUUGUACAUUACAGAGCAUUGUAUUUUGAACAUUGAAGUUUGAAAUAUACUAUUUUAUAUAUAUUUUAAUUUGAAGUUCGAGUUAUUUAAUUGCCACCCACGGGCCUUCCACACGCCCAUUUACAUAAA